GUUGAUGACCAGUAUAACAUCAAACGUGGUGCUGUGUACAAGUUCCAAAUUCAAAUGUUACAAGAAAAUAAAUUUUAAAACAAAGUUUCAACCGAAAAUCAAAACAUCAUUGCAAUAGUCCAAUUUGGUUCACCAGCACUGAGUCGGCAGAGAAAAUUAGAAAAUUAAUUUUUCAACUGGAAAACGGAACACGGAAUAUUGAAAUUUAAAUACCGAAAUUGUGUUGGAUAAAAUGAAAUUUGUACUAUUUGCCACGGUCUUUUUCUGCUGCUACAUGGAAUACAUUCAGGGCUCAUGUCUUAGUUAUGGUCACUCUUGUUGGGGAGCACAUGGCAAACGGGCAAACGGUCCUCCGAGGCAGUUAGGUCGAUGGGCACUGGUUAAAAUUGUUCCUGACAAAAAUACCGAUAAUAAUCCACGGCAUAUAUCAACCGAUUCGCAAGCGAACGAAGACAGUGCAUCUAUUUUCGAUAAUCCAUCGUUUGCGUUCACAGACGACGAAAGCCAACAGCAGCAACAACACGACGAAAACAACAACAAACAAGUGGACGGAAUGAAGCCAUCGUUAAGACGAAGUUAUGCAACCGAUCCGGAUGAAGAUUUUUCGGCAAAUGAUAUUAAUGUGGUGGGCGAUGAUUUGCUUGACGCGAGAAAUAUGAGAUAUUACAAAAUUCGAAAUCCUAGCAUCAAGAAACUUUUGUCAUAAGCAUACACACGUACAUCAAGGUAUACAAAUUAUUAUUAUACAUUAAACGACGUUUCACAACACAAAUCCACAAAUUUGAAGAUAUUUUUUUUGAUUAAACUGUAAUAAUUUUCGAAUUAAAUUUUAUUUUUUGAAUUUAAUUUUCAUUUCUGUAAAAUAUGAUCUUAAAGGCGUAACAAUAUAAAAAUAUAUUUAAAUGUUCAAAUUAGAUACAAGAUAAAGAAAAAUGGAAAAAAUCAUGUAGUCAAAAAUUCAAAACAAAUAAUUAAUUAAAUUUAUUCGAAAAUAUGUUAAUAUUGAUAUUAAUAUGGCUGGUUAUUAUAUCAAUCUUUAUCAUAUUCUUUAAAACAAAACAACAACAAGAAAAACCAAACUUACUAAUUUACAUUUUAAUUUAUAAGAGUAAAACAAUGUCCUCUAUUGUUGUUUUUAAUUUUAUUAAAAUGCUGUUUAAGUAAAGAAAAAUGAAAGCAAAUUCUUACCUAUAUGCCUCAACGAAAAACACCUUC